CGGCAACGUCCGCUCCAUUAAUCUCCAUCUAGACUGUGGAUGGAAUUUGCAAUGUUGCAUGCACUUUGCGAUCCUGCCGGGCCGGAUACAAGUCCGAACCUAUAAUGAAGGGGGAAAGGAGCAGGCCAUGUGACAGCACAUGUACCUCGGCUUGCGGAGCACUCUCGUGCGACACAGUAAGUAUUUUCCGUAAAUGGUUGGAGGUGCGAACCGAUUUGCUUGGCUCAUUCGUGAGAUUAGCAAAGAGUGCGGCUCAAAACUCUCAAGCAGAGGCUAUGCUUCAGUCGAACCUUCUAUCGGACCGGUGCCCGCAUUCUGGAGGUGGGCAGUGGUUACACAGCAGGUUUGUCGCCUCAACGAUCCCACGACACGUACAACAACAGCUCAAGGUGGGGAAUUACGGCGACUUGCAUGCCAUGCAAUACGCCAUAUGCAAUGGCCAAACUUUAUGCUCGCUUUGGCGGGGUUUGCGUGAGCGAGCGUGAUUGUACACGUAGGUUCUCUUGCCUCAACGCAAUCUAUCCUAACCAAGACAUGCUUUGAGUACGGUCAGGCGUAAAUUUGCGGACUAUCUGGGCGGUAGGGCUGAAGUCUGACAUGCUUGCUCCAGCUCCACCGGCCGUAUGCUAGGCCAGGAUGCUCCGCAGACAAUGUAUCACACAUCAUAGCAGCCUCGUAUCGGUGAAGCUUACCGUAAUUAGACGCAGCGCCAACUUUGUG